AUGUCAGUCUGUUUCUCUCCUGAUGGAAAUAUAUUAGCUUCUGGUAGUUAUGAUAACUCUAUCUGUCUAUGGGAUGUCAAAACAGGAUAAUAAAAAGCCAAAUUAGAUGGUUAUACUCAUUAUGUUAUGUCAGUCUGUUUCUCUCCUGAUGGAAAUACAUUAGCUUCUGGUAGUGAUGAUAAUUCUAUCUGUCUAUGGGAUGUCAAAACAGGAUAAUAAAAAGCCAAAUUAGAUGGUUAUACUCAUUAUGUUAUGUCAGUCUGUUUCUCUCCUGAUGGAAAUACAUUAGCUUCUGGUAGUGAUGAUAACUCUAUCCAUCUAUGGGAUGUCAAAAACAAGUAUUGUUCAGAUUAUAGAUUUAAAGAAAUUUAGGUUAAAAAUACAAGAUAUCCUUUUUUUAACAUCCCUUUGCAGUAAAAGAAUAUUAUUUAAAAUUUAGAUACAUCUAAUAUAAUGGUUUACCCAGACUUCAAUUUUGUAUAGAUUUGAGAGAGUUUUUUAUAAAAAACCGUUUCCUUUUAGGAGAAUUAUUGGAGUAACACUUGAUUAAUUUAAAAACUAACCUAUAUUAACCCUUAAUUUAAAUCUAUUUUAAUAUACUUCUUGUGUCCAAUAUUUGUUGA